CAAGGUGAAUGGUACUCAAAUACAUAGAUCUUAUCUUCAGACAAUCAAAUACAAUUUCAUCCCAUGAUGUUUGUUCACUCAGUGUCAUUUCAAUUAUAAAAGUGGGGUUCUUCAUGAAGCGUCACACAAUUGACACUGAAGCUAAAGGCAACUAUCUGAAAAACCUGGUUUAUCAUGGCAAUGCUGAGAAAUCUUCUGCUUCUUUUCUGUUUAUUCUCCCUGCAGAGUGCAGCAGCUAAAAAGUGCCCAUUUGGAUGGAAACCUUUUGGAGUACAAUGCUACAAAUACUUCCCUCAGCAGGUUAACUGGCCAACAGCAGAGAAAAACUGUCAAACCAUUGAUGGAAAUCUGGCAUCUGUGCAGAGCAAACUGGACAAUGAUUUUCUACUGAGUCUAGUUCCUGUAUCCUCACGUGCUUGGAUUGGCGGUCAUGAUGGUGAAGUAGAUGGUCAAUGGAUGUGGACUGAUGGGUCUGUAUUUGACUUCACCUACUGGUCCCCUAAAGAACCGAACAAUUCCAACAAUGUUCCUGAGAACUGCUUGGAGAUCAACUGGACCAGUGAACGCCGUUGGAACGAUGAGCAGUGUUCAACUUUAAUGGGCUUUCUUUGUGCUCAAAGUCUUUGAGAUCAUUUGUUACUUCAUACAUUUCAAUAUUAUGACUGUAUCUGCAAAAAUAAGAAUAAUAAGAAUAAUUAAAGCUGCGAGCAGCGAUGACGGGCCCAAGCCGGUGGCACCGCCACCCCCGUGCCUUUAGGGUUGCUGUGCACGAUGGGCAAUAACGUAACCUCGCUUUGACUGUCGAGAAGAAGAUGUG